AGAAACAGCAGAAGAAGAAACCCCGGAAGUACAUGUUCCCGUUGGAGAUAAACACAGAAGACCAGCUUCUUCUCAUUAAACCACAUUAAACCACUUUAAACCUCACUAAACCUCUAUUACUGGACUAACACUUCCUCUGUGAGACGAUGGGCACCAGAGAUGACGAGUAUGAUUAUCUGUUCAAAGUGGUCCUUAUCGGUGACUCGGGUGUGGGCAAGAGUAACCUGCUGUCCCGUUUCACCCGCAAUGAGUUCAACCUGGAGAGUAAGAGUACCAUCGGAGUCGAGUUCGCCACGCGCAGCAUCCAGGUAGACGGCAAGACGGUGAAGGCCCAGAUCUGGGAUACGGCCGGCCAGGAGCGCUACCGCGCCAUCACGUCAGCGUACUACCGCGGGGCGGUGGGCGCCCUCCUCGUCUACGACAUCGCCAAGCAUCUAACUUACGAAAAUGUGGAGCGCUGGCUGAAGGAGCUGAGAGAUCACGCCGACAGCAACAUCGUCAUCAUGCUGGUGGGCAACAAGAGCGACCUGCGUCACCUCCGGGCUGUUCCCACCGACGAGGCGCGGGCUUUUGCUGAGAAGAACGGUUUAUCUUUCCUGGAGACGUCGGCUCUGGACUCCACCAACGUCGAGACGGCCUUCCAGACCAUCCUGACAGAGAUCUACCGUAUCGUGUCCCAGAAGCAGAUGUCGGAGCGUCAGGAGAGCGACAUGUCCCCCAGCAACAACGUGGUCAACAUCCAGGUGCAGCCCACUGAGAACAAACCAAAGAUGCAGUGCUGUCAGAACAUCUAGCCCGGCCACGGAUCUGCUGCAACCAUCCCCCCUAUCUCCCCUCUCUCCACAGUCCCCUCCUCCCCCCCCUCCCCCCCCCCUCCCGGCUCCCAGCUGCCCUGGCUCACAUCUCCUGAACCCCCCCGCCCUCAGAAAAUAGACUGCCUCAGCGUGCUGUUUGGUGACGGAGUGACGAGCCUCAGCUUCAACGCUGUGACCUCGACUCUGCACCUAUCUGUACCUGCCCCCCCCCCCUCCCCCUCCCAAACCCCCAACUCCCCCCGCCCUACCCUGCCCCCCCCCCAGGUAAAUAUCUCCCAGUAUAAGACGUCACCGCGUGGGGUGACCCCCCCCAAGCAGAGCCCCUCUGUCGUUAGGCUACUGCAGGACAGCAGGCAGCAGGCAUUUCAUAUCACGUUAGAGUUCAUUCCUGUAGAUGCGCUGACAUGUCACACAAAUGUCUUAAUAUAUGAAUGUGAUUUUGUUUUCUUCAUCCUGUUGAUUUCUCCACGUUUUUUAUGAUCUUUACUCUGUCUCUCCUUUCAUAUAUCUCCUGUACUACCAGGUAGAUAUAUGAAUUUAAAGCACAUCAAAAGUUGCUCUGAAGUGUAUUCCCAUAUACAAGCUGUCAUUAGCCCCCCCCAUCCCCCCACACCCCUCUCUCCUCUUUAGUGCAAUGUACUGUUUUUGGAAAACCACGUGGAUGUAAUCGAGCGCCGUGUAGACACGCGUGCUCCGGUAGCGUCGCGCCAUUUGAUCUGAUCGCUGUGAAUGUGACGCUAUUUUGAAACAUUUUUGCCGAGCUUCAGUCGGCGCCGUGGAAAAGACGCGCUCCGCUCCGGGUUGUGUGAGCGUGCAUGUUUGUCGUCGCCGUGUUUUACAGCAGGUGGCGAGGUCGGGGCCGGCUUCGCAUGUCUUGUUAAAAGAUGGCGCUCUGCUGUGCUGCAUGUUUUUAUCAGGCGAAAGACUCAAUCUGGACUCUGUGUGGAACACUACCGUCGUCUGGAGGGCGUGUCAACACGACUCCUGUUCACGUUCUGAUUUUCACGUCGUCCUACUUCUACGUCUGAUUUUCUGAUGGAAGACGCGUUUUGUUUUUCCUGCUCAAACUAAACAUUCAUUCUUUUGACUACAAACUAUGCAGAAACUAGCACAUGGCUGUUUGUGUUUCUUAGUGCAGCACCUCUAUAGCAAAUGAAGGAAUUUAAAUAAACAGCAGAAGUUAACUGAUGUUCUCUUAUGAUACUUAUAAUAAUAAUAUUAUAAUCACAAAUCUCCUGCAAAACUCUGCUUUGCAUGUAACCACAGAAGUGUAGUUAGGACGCCACCAGAGAGAAACCUCUCGGCUGAUUUCAUGAGCGUGAAACUGUCACAAAUCUUUUGCACUGAACCUUAAAAAUAGUUCACUUUGUUUUAGGAUUAGAUUUUUUUUUGCUGCACAUAUACUGAGAACCUGGACCUUCUUUAUGUCAGAUAAAACAACCAAAAUAUUAUGUUCAACGCCGCAGAACAUCGGCUGAGUCUCAAAAGUCCGUUUUUUUUUAUGAAGGAACCGAGGAAACGCUUUUACGGGAUUCAGCCACAUUCUUGCCAACCUUGUGGUCACAGUGCCUCCUUCACCGUGCGUACCUGUCUCACUCAACUGCUAACAACUCGCCAUCAUCAUCAUCAUCAUCAUCAUCACCCUCUGUGGCGAGCCGUUUAAACAUCCAAUAGCUAGAGAUAUCUACAAUUAGAUUGUGACUUAGAGAUCUCUGUAGUUCAGUUCUGACUGUCCUAAAUUACAGUUCCAGAUCUCUCAAACCUCAUUAUGACUACAAUACAACAACGCCCAACAAAUCAUCUGAACAGUAUCAGCAGAAGCUUUUACUAACUUGGACAGUUCAGUAAAGUUGGAACGAUAUUCACAGAUUCAAACUUCAACGUUGUUAAAACACAAACGUUGGCUCUCUCUAACCGUAGUGAGGUAGACGACGAGCUGCAACCUCAUUUUAAUCACAACGAGCCUUCAGUCCUCUGAGCUGGACACAUGACAUCGGUCUCUAUGUGCUGUGAAAUAGAAAGAGCUCAUCAUCGAGGAAUCUGUGGCCAACGAGAGCUUCGUUCACUGGAGAGUUGUGGUUGUAGAUUUAUUGUCUCCAGACACACUUUAUAAACUGACACGGCUGCAUCUCUGCAAUGUCAUUUCACCAACGUCACAAGUCUGAUUCUAGAUAUCUGUAAUCACAGAUAUCUAAAAUUAGAGUUUUGCCUCGUCAA